ACAUAGGGGUGCAUCUGUCUUUUUCAAACUGGGCUGCUGCAUUCUUAGGGUAAAUUCCUAGAAGUGGAAUUCCUGGGUCAAAUGGUAUUUCUAUUUUGAGCUUUUUGAGAAACCUCCAUACUGCUUUCUACAAUGGUUGAACUAAUUUACAUUCCCACCAGCAGUGUAGGAGGGUUCCCCUUUCUCCACAACCUAUUCUCAGGCUGUGCAGCACACAGGACAAAGAACCCUGUAUGGAAAGAACCUCCAUCAUGACUGAACUCCUAGUUCUAGUGACAGCUAUUCUGGCAAGCAUACUUGGGGGCCCUUAAUCUUCUGUUUACCUCUCUCCAGACUCCACCCCCUUAUUGAUUUUCUGUCCUUUCCCUUCUUCCCCCUAAGCUUCUGUUGCCUUUUGCCUUUGUGCAUAGCUCUAUUAGAACACUUAUCAGGCUGUAUUGUAAUUGGUUUUAUAUCCACUAGUCUUUUCCAGUAGCCUGUGAGCUUGGGUGACUAGCUAUAUGUGUCUGUUUCAUCUCAGUGGUGUCCAGUGCAUAGCUGAGGGAUCACUGAUGAGCAGGUGAUCUAGCAGGUGAAAUCACUACCUGCUGGUGUCCUGAAUGAAUGGAGGAGCAAAUGAGAGGGGGAGGCAUGAACAGGAUCCCUACCUGCUGCUCUCUUGGAUUUUUGGCUUAGGCAAGACAGAUGUCUUCUCUGGAUCUCCAGUGCCUCCCUGCAAAGUGAGAGGAUCAAAGUGAUGGGCUUCUAAAGUAACUUUUGGCUUUUUCUUUCUUUGGUUUCUUUUUUUAAUGUAUUUGCUCAGUUGUCAAAAUUAUAAUUAUUCAAUAAUAAUAGCUUCAAUUUAUGUCCCUCUCAAGUAUAUUUGCAUUUAAAUAGGAUAAGGUGUGCUCUCCUCCAAUCCACAACCUAAACUAAUAGGGUCUAAAUUAAUGAAGUUUUGUUUUGUAAAGUUCCUGAAGUAUUGGUGGCUCAGUGGUAACAAAGUAUAUUCUAUGUAUUUGUGACAAAUUUCUAAAGAACCUUGUUUGUGUCUUUGCCUAAUCUGACUGUCCUCUCUCUCUCUCUUCCUUUCAGCUGGAAAUAACUGGCCAGCCUUCACUCAGUGCCUUGGUAGCCCCAUCCCCUUCUCUGACCAUGGAGACUCUCAGCCGAUGCCAAACUGCCUCCCUCUCUGAGCUGGUGUCCAGUGGUUACCUGGCUCAGGUCUUCUCAGGCCACCCUCUUUGUGGUAGAAGACCUGGCUAGGGAGGUGGGGCUGGAGGAGUCUGAGCGAUGUGAACAGGGUGACUUGAAUCCCAGGGAAGAGAGUGGUCAGAACAAGAAGAAAACCAAAGUCAAGAAGAUCUGGAAUUUUUCGAUCCGCAGAAAAGGGGCUUCUAGUCAGUGAGAGCAACCCCAGUCCGUGAUUUUGCUGGGAGAUACCUCCAAGUCAUCAGAAUUGAAACCUAAAGUCACAUUAAUGGAUAGAAUGAAGUCAUUCAAGAGGUUGAAGCCUUCAACUGGGACCUCCAAGAAUACUCCCCCUAGGAGUGGAAAGUCCCUGAAACCCCAGGAGACCCCAGGUAUCUACCAGAUGAGGAAAUUGGAGGAAGCCCAGAAGCCUUUCUGUCAUUCUUAUGCAGGCCACUUUGAAGGCCUGGACCCCUUCUUUGUAAAUGUGCAGAGGCUAGUGCACACUCCCAAGAGGGUGAAUUAGAAAGAUAUGGCCUUUGAAGAUUUUGGCAUCCAAAUGGAGGAAGACCCCUUGGAGAAAGAGGACUAUGAGCAACCCAGUAGUGGCAGGCAGACCAAAAUCUACCUGAAAAGCAUGUUCCAUGGGUACUAUGAGGUGCCCCACAUAUGAGCCGGAGACUCUGCAAUCCAGGAGCUUGAGGGUUCCACCUUGGAAGAGAAUGUGGAAGGGGGCUAUGAGGAGAGCCCUGGGUACCUGUGCAGAGACAAGGCCACACCUUUCAGUGGUGUCGUUAAGUUCUUCAGCAACAUGACUGAUGUGGCCCACAAGUGGCGGGCAUUAUCCCAGGAGGAGCCACAGAUAGGUCACCACAGGGAGACCUUCUCUGUUGGUAGAAGAAAGGGUUUCAUUCUGGAGAGUCCUUCCUCUGGGGCCUCCUCGCUUCACCUGCCCUGCAGGCCUUCUGAGACUGUGCUAUGGGACAGUGCCAUUGGGGGGCACCAGUGCCACCACCCCAAGGCCUUGCAGGCCACCUGUUCCUUUGAAAUGAGCAUUGAGGGUGAGAAGAUGCCAGGCCAGGCACUUGCAGGUCCCUGUACCAUUGUUGACUUGGCUUCAACAACCUCAGCUGUCUAAGAGUUCCAGGAUGACCCGAUGCCACAGAACUGAUGCAGCUGCCAGUACUGCCAUGCCUCAACAGGGAGCCAUCCUUUUCUCAGGAGCUUGAUGAAGUCACUGAGACUGUGGUCAGCUUCCUCAAGGAAGAUGACAGUGGAGGACAGUCUCCCAAACUGGGCACUUGUGUUAGGAGGGUCACCACUGAAGCUAUCAUGUUGAAGCUAAAGGAGAAGCCCAGCAAGAUGGAGAAGCAGGAGAGAGUCAGGGGCCCCCAGGGGUCCAGCCAGGAAGGGAAGCCCCAGGACUCUUAUUUGGGUGUAGAUACAGUAAGCUCAGAAAGUGAAGUCAGCAAGGCCUACACUGGAGUACCCCCUACUCAGAUGAUGGGGAAACUGAGUCCCAGAGAAGAAGAAGGAUUUCCCCUUACACACAGAAAAUGGAAGGUGUUCUUUCUUCCAGCUGAAACAUCACCAAGGACUCCACCCCUAAAAAUUCUGGAAAAAUGCCACUCUCUGCCCGUCUCACAGAGCAUCUCUAUGGAGUUGGAUCAAGUGGGCUGGAGGAGACCCAGGAAGUUUUGCACAGGUACUCAUCCAGACUUCGCUUGGAUACCUUCAAUGAUGGGAAGCUCAUCCCUUCCUGAUCACUGGAGAUUCCAUCGUUAGUGCUGAGGCAGUAUGGGAUCACGUCACCAUGGCCAACCGGGAGUUGGCAUUUAAGGCUGGCGACAUCAUCAAAGUCUUGGAUGCUUCCAACAAGGAUUGGUGGUGGGGCCAGAUCGACGAUGAGGAGGGAUGGUUUCCUGCCAGCUUUGUGAGGCUCUGGGUGAACCAGGAGGAUGGGGUGGAAGAAGGGCCCAGUGAUGUGCAGAAUGGGCACCUGGACCCCAGCUCAGACUGCCUCUGUCUGGGCAGGCCACUACAGAACCGGGACCAGAUGCGAGCCAAUGUCAUCAAUGAGAUCAUGAGCACUGAGCGUCAUUACAUCAAGCACCUCAAGGACAUUUGUGAGGGCUACCUGAAGCAAUGCCGGAAGAGAAGGGAUAUGUUCAGUGAUGAGCAAAUGAAGGUAAUCUUUGGGAACAUUGAAGACAUCUACAGGUUUCAGAUGGGCUUCGUGAGAGACUUGGAAAAACAGUACAAUAAUGAUGACCCCCACCUCAGCGAGAUAGGACCCUGCUUCCUGGAGCACCAAGAUGGAUUCUGGAUAUACUCUGAGUAUUGUAACAACCAUCUGGACGCCUGCAUGGAGCUCUCCAAACUGAUGAAGGACAGCCGCUACCAGCACUUCUUUGAGGCCUGUCGCCUCUUGCAGCAGAUGAUUGACAUUGCUAUUGAUGGUUUCCUUUUGACUCCAGUGCAGAAGAUCUGCAAGUAUCCCUUACAAUUGGCUGAGCUCCUCAAGUAUACUGCCCAGGACCAUAGUGACUACAGGUAUGUGGCAGCUGCUCUGGCUGUCAUGAGAAACGUGACUCAGCAGAUCAAUGAGCGCAAGCGGCGUUUGGAGAAUAUAGACAAGAUUGCACAGUGGCAGGCUUCUGUCCUAGACUGGGAGGGCGAGGACAUCCUAGACAGGAGCUCGGAGCUGAUCUACACUGGGGAGAUGGCCUGGAUCUACCAGCCCUAUGGCCGCAACCAACAGCGGGUCUUCUUCCUGUUUGACCACCAGAUGGUUCUCUGCAAGAAGGACCUGAUCCGGAGAGAUAUCCUAUACUACAAAGGCCGCAUUGACAUGGAUAAAUAUGAGGUAGUCGACAUUGAAGAUGGCAGAGAUGAUGACUUUAAUGUCAGCAUGAAGAAUGCCUUCAAGCUUCACAACAAGGAAACAGAGGAGAUACAUUUAUUCUUUGCCAAAAAACUGGAGGAAAAAAUACGCUGGCUUAGGGCCUUCAGAGAAGAGAGAAAAAUGGUACAAGAAGAUGAAAAAAUCGGCUUUGAAAUUUCUGAAAACCAGAAGAGGCAGGCUGCAAUGACUGUGAGAAAAGUCCCUAAACAAAAAGGUGUCAACUCUGCCCGCUCGGUUCCUCCUUCCUACCCGCCACCACAGGACCCGUUAAACCAAGGCCAGUACCUGGUCCCUGAUGGCAUCGCUCAGUCGCAGGUCUUUGAGUUCACUGAACCCAAGCGCAGCCAGUCACCAUUCUGGCAAAACUUCAGCAGGUUAACCCCCUUCAAAAAAUAAUACCUACAGGGAGGCAGAUAAUUUUAAAAUAAAGUAAAUAAUAUUAUAUUUAUAGAUGGACAUUUUUUCGGAGAAGCACUGUUGAAAUUUAUAUAUGUAUGCAUAUGUAUAUACAUAUACAUAUGCAUAUAUAUGUAUGUGUGUGUGUGUAUACAUACAUACACAAACACACCCUUACCCUUGAGUGCACACACACACACGCACACACACACACCCUUACCCUUGAGUACGUACACACACACCACAGAGAAGGACCAAAAAUGUUUUAUGUUGUUUUGGGGAAAUGAAAUCUAUAAUUGGUAAGAACAGAUAUCAGUGAUUUCCAGACGUGUUGAUCCCUUCUUAAAAUUUUUCUGUUCUAACCCUGUCCCCCUCCCCUUUACUUUCAGAAAUUGACAUUUCUAUUUGUUCCUUUUCUCAUUGUGAUCUCUUUGCUCCCCUGUGAGUGAUUAAUUGACUUGUCAUUAUUACCAUAAAUGUGUUUGUGGGUUUUUUUUUCUUUUCUGAUGAUACUGAUACUGAUGACUUUUGGAUUUAAUUUGAUGUGGUUGAAGUUUGGGAGUUUGGAAUUUCUUUUUUCCCUUUUUUCACUGCAUAAAGGGUGGAUCCCCUUUCUCUUCUUCGUAAGCUGACCAUCUACAAAUGUUCUACAGCCCUGCAGUUGCCCCAAACAGCCUUUUCUCUGCAUCUUCUGUCCCCACUCAUGCCAGUCUGGACAUGCUCUGUUGUGCCCUGUGACAUAACUGCUCAAUAUUUCUAUUGCUUUUUGUAGAGGGGUCAAAACUAAACAGAAGCAAGGGAGUGCCAGAGUAUAAUGAUGCUAGAGAGGACUUCUGUUCAGGGAACAUUCUGCAUUUGGGCUGUUUCUUCUCCUAGGACUGGGAGGUCCCAUGCUGUAGCACUGUAGGUCAUGACAGUUUUGUAUCUGGGGUUGUUUGGGCAAAUUAUCUCUUCUUCAAGCUGCCUUGGUUAUAGUGUUCCUUCUAGGCCUGUCCCUCCCCUAACCUAAAAGAUCUGAACCAGAAGCAAAAAGGCUGAGACUCUACCUUCUGGGGGAGUGACUCAACUGCCUCCACCACCAAUUAGAAUAAAGGUGGGGCUCCUCACUGCAAUCAAUUUGGGGGUCUGUUUAUCCCUGCUUCCAUUUGCAGAUUGUUUAGGCAGCAUUAUUGAUAGGAAUCUAUGGAGGGGUCAAGACAGAACCCACCUGACCAUCAUCAGCUGCCUUCAAGUUAUUGACCUGGACAGGAUCCAAGGCUGACAAUAACCUAUUAUAGGAAAGAACAGGGAUGGGCAUGGAAAGAGACAGCCUUAGCCCAAUAUAUGUACCUGCAGUUCCCACCACUCAAGUUAUGUGAAACUUCCCCUGUUGUUAUCAGAUUGCAUAGACAAUCUUCCAUGGCUCCUUCCUUCCCUUUUCCCUGUCUUCCUUCUUUCUUCUACCCUGGCACAGGAAGACUGAUGGUAUUGGCAUAGUUAAAGCAUUUCUGCCACUCAAAGAAUGUCGUUUCCAACAUUCUCCCAUCUCAGGACAUUUGAAACAAGUAAGCAAGGAAGUCAAGGGGGACCUUCCCUGUGGAGAAAGUAUCUGAGAUAGAGAUCCUACCCUCAGGUUCAUUUUUUGCAGGCUUUACACUGGGGAAAAAGUUACUUCUCACAGAAAAAUGCAGGCUCUCUGUGGGUAUAGGAGUACCUACCUAUUCUUCUUUCCCACAUGGCUGCUUGGGUGAAUAGACCUUGAACAGCAAGGUGAAAGGAAUACAAAGGAGUGAGGAUAGGCCCUGAUAUGGAGAGCGACUUUAGCAAAGAAUCUAGAGAUUUUGAGUCUGUCCUGGACUCCAUGGGAGAAAACUUCAUCAUAAAAGGACCUCAGCUUUCUAAGCAGCAACCAUGGCUACAUGGGGUCCUCAGCAUAGUUGGCUUGAUUGCUGCUCUGUGCCUCCUGACCCAGACCAGGUCCUGCCCAGCUUGGGAAUAUUCCCUCUGUGGAAAUCAAAUUACAAGCUAUUAAAAUUUCUAUCCCAUCACACCCCAAUCAGACUUGUGGAGUAGGCCAAAAGUAAGCCUGAGCUGGGCAGAGGGCUAGGACUCAGAACUGGCCACCACUACUCAGCAAAUGACCCACCUACUUAUGCCCUCUUGGGAAAGAACCUGGUACCCAGUGCCUGAGCUAAAAUAGCCUCCCUGUCAAACAAUGUAUUUCAAUGGCUUCGUAGAUGUUCCUUGAGUAUACAUCCUUUUCCUAAUUUUCAUUCCUCCCCGCUAGGCUUGGCCUUGACAUGUUUCUCCAGGGACUGGCAGCACACCAAGAGAGAGUGCUUGGAGAAGUCCCUGAACCUAUUAAUAUCUCUUAGCCAAGCUCACUUCUCUCCCCUCAACCCCACUCCACUGGGCCUGUCCCCAGACCUCCAAGAUCAGGGAUAUCACCUCCUGCCACCAACCUCUCAUCUAUAUGCCAAUGACUUGUGAAAAAAAGAAAUCAGUUCACCAUUGGUUACAGUGUUCCCCCAGCCUAUGGCAGCAACCUCAAGGGGAACUCCAUUACCUGGGCUUGGGGUCCAAGCCUAUUCUUGUGUUCCCAUAGCAGUGCUAUCCCAAAGAAUUAUUUAGAUUGCCUCUAUUUCUGCAUGGCUCUGAGCUCCCCUUUUGUCAACUCAGUGAGGCCUGGAUUUGCUCAUCAAAGGCUUUGCUAGUGUGUUCUAUGGGCCCUGCUGUGGGAUGGUCCUAAAAUAGAAAUCCAGCCCCUCUGUCUCUUUCCUUCUCUCCCUUUCUCUCUAUGUGUAUAUCUCUAAGGAAAGAAACAAAAGAGUUAUAACAAUUGUAGUGUGAAGCCAAAUAGUGAUCUUUUAGUGCUUUGGUGAUGGGGUAGGCUGGGGUGGAUGGAUGGGCAACAGUGAUUUUGAUUACCCCUUCUGCUCUGCAUAUGCCAGUUUAUUAUUUCAUUUCUUUUGACUGGUUGACCCUGUCAAACAAUUGUCAAAGUUGUGUGUUUAAAAAAAAUGUUUAACAACAAAAAUAUGAUGUUGUAAUGACACAAAGCCUUAUUAAAAUAUUUAUGGAGUUCAAUAAAAGAAGUAAAAAGACA